AUGGCGACCCGACGCAUCGUGGCCUCGGAGAAGACCAUCCUCGAGAAGGAUGAUGUGGUUGGUGCCAGUCCCGCUGCUGGCGACAAGUCCAACAUCACUCCUGCUGUACCAAUGGAUGUCAUCUUGAAGCUUCUUGGAUUCACGUUGGCCAUGAUUGUGUUGCCCAUCGGCACCUACUUUGCUACGGUCGACUUCCUUUUCAAGGGCAAUUCGACAUUUGCCGGCGCUCUUGCUGCUGUAAUGGCCAACGUGGUAUUGAUCAGUUAUGUUAUCGUUGCCAUGAAGGAGGAUCAGAGCGACCAGCUGGAAGCGAAGAAGCAAGGGAAAAAAGACCGUUGA